AUGGAUGAUGCAUUGAACAGUCACCGCACCAUCUUGAGCAGUUCCUGCAACACGCCACGCAGUCUCACUAGCAUUGCCAAUAACAUGACAUCCCAAGCUAUGUCACCACAGGCUAAGGCUUCUUUAUCCAGCAUUGAAAAUUCCUACCAAAAUUUCAAGUCCAAAGCACCUAUUAACCAGGACAUGCACAGAAAACGAUCUGAAAGACAAGGAGAAGUUGGCAAACAGCUGGACCCUAUUGUGCGACCACGGCUGUACCAGCCUACUCUGUCUAGCAGCUCUUGUACCAGUAGUCGCACUGUAACAAUGAAGACCUCCAACUUGAGAAAUGUUAACAGCAACAUCACUGCUACUACUACUACUACUACUACUACUACUGCUGCUGCUUCUGCCACUACUUCUACUGCUACUAAAACACCUAUUGCUGCUUCUUCACUUACGUCAAUUGCUGCUGCUGCUACUACUAUUACUAUGGCCUCUGCUACUUCUGCUGCUACUACUACCACUACUACUGCUGCUGCUGCUACCACUCUUUCACCUCCUGUUGCCGGCCAUAGAAACCGACGGAACGUUUUAUAUGAAUCUCGGUCCACAAACAAGGACUACAAUCAGCAGGACAGUAAAGCAGAGACUGUGGUUUCAGUUUCUCCACAAAUGUCCAGUAUAAAUCUGGGGGCUGGGGAAAAUUGCAUGCUUGACCACCUGAAGGUCACUGACGACUGUGACAGCCGCCUCGAAGAGUUGUUCAAGGAAACCUCCAAGCUGGUCAAAGUCGCAAACUCAACCCUUCGAAGGAACUCUCACACGUCUUCGGUGCCAAUCUCCCGACUGCCGACCCCAGAUCGGAACACACCGGAGCCAGGUUUUGAACCCCCCAUCAUCAACUCUGAUGCCAGGGCAUCAAAGACUCCCACCAAAAGCACUCUGAGCGACCUUCUUGAGACACUAAAGAAACUGGAGGAAGAUGAGGAUAUCGGGGCAGGUGACGUGCCAGUUAAAAGCACAUCCAGGGUUUCUGAUUUAAACGAAUCCCUGAAAGUUGGCGGCGGUUCCAACAGGAGUCGAUGCUCAUCUAGGUCCCGCUGUGCAAACAAAGAAGGGGCCACUCUAAAGACAAGCCCCCAUUUAACUGCCGAGAACCUGCAACAGCUGAAUCAGGACCAGCAUCCCUUGUCCCCUCCCGACGAAGGCCUUGGUUAUCUUUCAAACGACAAACUACAGAGCAUCAUUUCAUUUCUGGAUGAAGUCCAAUCAGCUGACCGACUCACUGACAUCGAAUUAGCAUAUGCAUCACAAUGA